AACACAAAGAAAACAUGGAACGCUGUUACAACAGAGGCUGUGGACAAGAAUACGACCCGGAGAAAAACAAUGAUGAAUCAUGUCGCCAUCAUCCUGGUGCUCCAUUUUUCCAUGACGCCUAUAAGGGUUGGUCAUGUUGUAACAAGAAAUCCGUAGACUUCACCGAAUUUCUAAGCAUUAAAGGCUGUACCUUGUCCAAACAUUCAAAUAUUAAACCACCAGAGCCGGAGAAACCUAAAAAAGAAGAGAAUGACGACAAAGAUGUAGUAGUAGAAAUUCGGGCACCCAUCAGAGAAUCAUUACCCAGGCCACCAGUGGAAACUGCAAUGACACCCAUUACGGCUACCGUUGCUCCAGCCUUAAAGGAUCUCAUUGACAAUCUAGUGGCCAAGGAUCCCGCCAAGGCCGAGGCCAAUGGUACAGAUGAAAUUGCCAUUGGUACCAGUUGUAAAAAUUCUGGUUGCACAUAUUCCUACACUGGUACAUCUACCGAUUUUGGUGAGUGUCAGUAUCAUUCGGGUGUCCCCGUAUUUCAUGAAGGCAUGAAGUACUGGUCUUGCUGUCAGCGUAAAACUACCGACUUUGCUGUAUUUAUGGCACAACAAGGUUGCGUCAAUGGCCAGCAUAAAUGGGUUAAGGACAAUGAUGAUAAACGUGUUGUGCAAUGUCGUUAUGAUUGGCAUCAAACAGCCACAAAUGUCAUAGUAUCCAUUUACGCCAAGAAAUAUCAUUAUGCCAAGAGUACGGUAGAAGUGAAUCCUAUACGUUUACAUGCCAUUCUGGUAUUUCCCGACCAGGAGAAUGCCAAAUUUGAAUUGGAUCUGGAGUUGAGAGGGAUUAUUGAUGUCGAGAAAACCACUGCCCACAUGUAUGGCACGAAACUGGAAAUCACCAUGCCCAAAGCUGAACCUGGUUCCUGGGCCAAAUUGGAUUUCCCCCGUGAAAAAUUACCCCCACCAGUUAAACCAGGCCAAGCUGUACCUCAAAAAACAAACACAUCAGGAGGAGACUCCGAUGAUGAUUUUAAUUUGGAUGAUAUUGAAUCGGUCUCCCACGGUGUAACGUUAACAGAGCUGGCAUCCAAGAAACCCGAUCUGGACUGA